CUUGACUGAUAGUUACAUCGUCAAUCGAAAGUUGUCACAGUGAAACUUCGCUCUUGUUGUCAGAGUGAUCGUGAAUUUGUACUCCUUGCAAGGUUCUAUACUUAUAUCUGUAUCAUCGAAUCGUUCAUUCCGCGGUCUCCCCCACAGCACACGUCAUCAACGGUUCAUCACGAUAGCAGGUGCAGCCAACGUUCUCAGCACGAGUCACAACAUUCCACCUCAAUCACGCUUCAAUUCUCAAAAUGGGCAAAGUGCUUCUAUGCCUCUACGACGGCGGCAUCCACGCCGAGCAUGAGCCGAAAAUGCUCGGGACCACCGAGAUCGAGCUCGGCAUCCGCCCGUGGAUCGAGGAGCGAGGCCACACGCUCAUCACCACCUCCGACAAGGAAGGCCCGGACUCCGCCUUCGACCGGGAGCUCGUCGACGCCGAAGUGAUCAUCACCACGCCGUUCCACCCCGGCUACCUCACUGCCGACCGCCUCGCCAAGGCGAAGAAGCUCAAGCUCGCCGUCACCGCGGGGAUCGGCUCCGACCACGUCGACCUUGAUGUGGCCAACCAGACCAACGGCGGUAUCACCGUCGCCGAGGUGACGGGCUCCAACGUCGUGUCGGUCGCUGAGCACGUCAUCAUGACCAUCCUGGUUCUCGUGAGGAACUUCGUGCCGGCGCACGAGCAGAUCCAGGCGGGUGACUGGAAUGUCGCGCAGGUGGCGAAGAACGAGUAUGACCUGGAGAGCAAGGUGGUUGGGACAGUGGCGGUAGGGCGGAUCGGGAAGCGCGUGCUGCAGCGGUUGAAGGCGUUUGACUGCAAGGAGCUGCUGUACUUCGAUUAUCAGCCAUUGAGCGCUGCUGAGGAGAAGGAGAUCGGGUGCCGGCGCGUGGAGAAGUUGGAGGACAUGCUGGCGCAGUGCGAUGUCGUUACCAUCAACUGCCCGCUGCAUGAGAAGACGAAGGGUCUGUUCAACAAGGAGUUGAUCGCCAAGAUGAAGCCGGGCUCAUGGCUCAUAAACACCGCUCGUGGCGCCAUCGUCGUCAAGGAAGACGUCGCUGAGGCGCUGAAGUCCGGACAUCUCCGUGGCUAUGGCGGUGACGUCUGGUUCCCGCAACCCGCACCGAACGACCACCCACUGCGCUACGCGAAGAACCCGUGGGGAGGUGGCAACGCGAUGGUACCGCAUAUGUCUGGAACGUCGAUCGACGCUCAGGCGAGAUAUGCUGCCGGUACCAAGGCGAUCCUUGACUCGUACUUCUCCGGCCGGCACGAUUACCGACUGGAGGAUCUGAUCGUCAAGGAUGGCGAUUACGCCACGAAGGCGUAUGGCGAGAGGGCCAAGAAAUGAGCGCGUCGACUGCAGUGGAUGGGCGAUGUAGAAACCAAGGGGUACGAGAUGCAAAAGCAGACAGGGUCUGGACAGUCCCAGAUGUGUUCAGCAUUCCGAAUGAUGGAUGUUUUCGGCGUUUGAGUUAACCCACAGAACGUACAUGCCAUGCUCUUUCCGCACCAAUGUUUUCCGGCGUUUCUUAACGAAUAUCCAAAUGUCAAAUCAAUUGACCAAUCCGUUCCUCAACUCCGUUACCUGUAACGCCAUACCGCUAUUAAAUGCAUAACCGAAACCACGCUCGUGAUCCCCACACGCGAUUACUCUUCAUCACUAUCGUCCCUAAACCCCUCUUCCAACUCCCGAC